AUGGAGAUCGGUAACAAAUCCAAUUCCACCCACCCACCCACACACACAUUCUCUCUCUCUCUCUCUCUCUCUCUCUCUCUCUUUUCGUCUCUAUUUUCACCCCUUUUCGAUAUCUUUCCCCCCUCUCUCUCUUUUCCGUCAUUCUUUCCCCCCCCAUCUUUUUUCAUAACUCUCUUUACAACCUCCCAUUUUUCAUCUCAUUUUCACAUUCUCUUUCUUUUACUUUCUCUCUCUUUAUCAUUUAUCCUCUUUUUUCCGUCUCUCUUUACCACUCUCUUUUUUCCUUUAUCCAUCAGUUUUCCUCUCUCUCUUUUUCUUUAUUUUUCUUUCUCUUUUGCUCUUUUUUCUCUUUUCCUGACCCCUCUCUCUUCCCCUCUCUCUCUUCCCCUCUCUCUUCCCCCUCUCUUCCCCCUCUCUUCCCCCUCUCUCUCUUCCCCUCGCUCUCUACCCCUCGCUCUCUCUCUUCCCCUCUCUCUAUUCCCCCAUCUCUCUUCUCUCUCUCUUCCCCUCUCUCUCUCUUCUCCGCUCUCUCUUUUUCUCUUAUUAUCUAUAUAUAUCUCCAUUCCCUUCAUAUCUAUCUAUCUAUCUAUCUAUCUAUCUAUCUAUCUACAUAUAGUUUUUUCAUAUCUAUCUAUCUAUCUACUUUUCAUAUUUAUCUAUCCAUCUAUAUCUUUUCAUAUCUAUCUAUCUAUCUAUCUAUCUAUCUAUCUAUCUAUCUAUCUAUCUAUCUAUCUAUCGUCUUUUAGUAUUUAUCUAUCUAUAGUCUUUUCAUAUCUAUCUAUCUAUCUAUCUAUCUAUCUAUCUAUCUAUCGUCUUUUCAUAUUAAUCUAUCCAUCUAUAUCUUUUCAUAUCUAUCUAUCUAUCUAUCUAUCUAUCUAUCUAUCUAUCUAUCUAUCGUCUUUUCAUAUCUAUCUAUCUCUCUUUCUAUCUCUCUCUCUCUUUAUCUCUCUAUCUAUCUAUCGUAGACUCUUCAUUAUCUAUCUAUCUAUCUAUCUAUCUAUCUAUCUAUCUAUCGCAGUCAAUUUAUAUCUAUCUAUAAUUCUUUUCAUAUCUAUCUAUCUAUCUAUCUAUCUAUCUAUCUAUCGUCUUUUCAUAUCUAUCUCUCUCUCUAUCUAUCUAUCUCAAUUUAUAUCUAUCUAUAAUUCUUUUUCAUAUCUAUCUAUCUAUCUAUCUAUCUAUCUAUCUAUCUAUCUAUCUAUCUAUCUAUCUAUCUAUUUCCCACUACACCCCUGA